AUGAUCAUGAUUAUCAUGAUCAUUUUGGUGGUUUUUAUGGUGGUGGUUGUGCUGGGGGAGGAGGAGGAAGAAAAGGGGAAGGAAGAGAGGAAGGAAGGGAGGAAUUUAUUAAGGGAGGAGAAGAUAUUAUACAUAAAAAAAAACAUGAUAAUAUACAUUAUAUACACAGACAUAGAAUUAGUACUCAAUAUCGUAAACAUAGCGGAGAUUUCCUUAUACUUGGACGACGGUAUAAGCAACCUACAAACAGCAGAAAUCGCAACUAUUGAUCCACGAAGAAGAUCCAAAUGCAGUUCCUAUAUAAAUGAAUUAUGUAAUUUAUUAUCGGGUGUAGAUAUAAAAGAAGAAGAAAUAAUAAAUAUAAAAACACCAAUAAGAAGAAACCCUAGAGAAAUAUCUUUAUCUAGGAUGGAUAGACACCAUAAAUCGUAUACAGAGCAGCAGCAGCAGCAGCAGCUGCAGCAGCAACUGCAGCAGCAAUUGCAGCAGCAACAACAACAACUUAUUAUACAACAACAACAACAGCAACUAUUAUUACUACAACAGCAGCAGCAGCUGCAGCAACAGCAGCAACAGCAGCAGCAACAACAGCAGCAACAGCAGCAACAGCAGCAACAGCAACAGCAGCAACAGCAACAACAGCAGCAGCAGCAGCAGCAGCAGCAAAUAUUGAAUAUGGCGGAUCCUCUACUCUCUCUUGUUACUUCUGCUGGUGUUAUCUGGGACUUGGAUAUAUUUAAAUUAGCUGAACAAUCUAAAGGAAAUGUACUCUCUUCUAUUGGUAUACAACUCAAAAGGCUAACAGAUUCACAAAAGAUGGCUGUUGUUGUAUCUGGUCUUGUUCAUGAUGUUGGACAUUUUGGUGUUAAUAAUUCUUUUCUUGUUAAUUCUAGUCAUCCAUUAGCAAUUACUUAUAAUGAUCGAGUAAACCCUAAACCCUAA